GACAGAGGAGGAUAAAAUAGCGUACAGACAAUCUGUGUGUGUGAGAGAGAGAGAGACAGAGAGAUAGAGAGAGAGGUAGAAGCAGGAGUAGAGAGGAGCUGGCUGGUAAAUAACAGCUGAACAACAAACCAGUGUUGCGUACAGGAUCUCAGCCUCUGUCUGGAUACCUCUUCUGUCUUUCUGCUGCUGGGAGCUGAAGUGGAUCCAGACAUUGGGGGAUGGAGCGAAACGAAGCGACCCUCCUUCUACUUUUUUUCCCUACAGCUCACAGACCUUGAACCUCUGCUGCACUUGCAGGAGCUAUACAGGGACAAAGACGUCCCCUUUUUCCUAUGUGGGACCCAGAAAUACACCUUGGUUUGAGGAGCAAAACACUGUGAGAACAUUAGAGAGAAGGAGACACAGAGGGGAACACAGAGGAUCACAGAGACACUGUGACGUGUUGGACAUCCCGGGAGGAUCGAGGACCUUGGGGUGGUUCAGUCAUGAAACCUUCAAUAUCUGUGGGUCCCCCUUCUGGCCUGCUGCUGGUCCUGAUGUGCUGCCCCCUGCUGGGCUUGGUCCAGUCUGCCAGCAGCAACAAGGCCAGCGAUAAUGGACACCCACACCUGGGAGACACUGACCCAGAUCAAUGCAUGAGGCACCACUUUGUGGAGACCAUCACACACCCAAUUUACAAGUGCAACUCAAAGAUGGUGUUGCUGGCACGCUGCGAAGGCCACUGCAGCCAUACGACCCGCUCAGACCCCCUCAUCUCCUUCAGCUCAGUGCUCAAACAGCCCUUCAAGAGCACCUGCUCCUGCUGCCGGCCGCACACCUCCAAGCUGAAAGCGGUGAGGCUGCGCUGUGCUGGCGGGACUCGCAUUACAGCCACUUACAGAUACAUCCUAGCCUGCAACUGUGAGGAGUGCAGCUGAGCAUGUAGCGGCCAAACCCUGAAGAUUCUCAAGACCCAGGAUCCUCUUGGCCUCAGGCCCUAAUUCAGGCUAUCCAGGGCAUUUUGAUUGAUUUGAAUGAUUGAUUUGGAGGACAGCAGCUCAAGAUGCUUGUUGUUGCCCUGGGAGUGACAGUUUGGAGCAAUCAUACCACCCUCACUUGCAGCCCCUGGUGCCAUACCCACUCCAUAAUGAUGUAUUUUAUCAGGACAAACCAUACAAAGUAUAUUUCUCCACCUUCAAGGCCAGACACCACAAACUGCUGCUCCAAUGGGCUGGAUGGAGACCCUCCUCACUGCCGAGACACACUGCAGUCAUUACAGGCCUCUGUAAUUCAUAACACACAUGCUCACAAACCACAGUAUGAGAACUCGUUACAGAUAUCUGUUUCAGGUUUCUUCAGCUCCAUAAAAACCCCACCAUGCAUUUGACAACAAAACAACACGGCUUGUGAAAAAGCAGCAUGGGAAAGGAUGAGGCUCGAUGAGAAAGUGCAGGCCAACAUGAGCCUAGACAUGUGGUAAUUCUAUAGAAAGGCACCUGCGCCCUGCUUAUUUACCCAAUAACAUUUUACACACUCUCUGCAGACUUUCAUCGAGCUGUGUAAAACAUGGGCGAUGCUGACAAUGUAAAAGGAGCUCUGAGGGUGAAAGAAGAUUGAGGAUGAAGGUUAAGCCAGCCUGGCUAAUGGACUGUACUGUCAAUAGACUAUCAAGCCUAUUAGUGUUAAUUUUUCAUGUGAUCUGUUCUAUUUGAAUCUUUGUGAUCUUCAUGUCAACAUUAUUGAAAUUGUAGCUACUAUCAUGCCAGAUUUAUCAAACUGCUGCUUCCGCCUGUUGUAUAGUGUUACUAAUGACACAUCCAGUGGUCUGAAUUUGAGGAAACAUUGUUGUCAAAUCAGUGCUAUGGUUGCUCUGCAGAUGUCUGUAAUGCCUGCACACAUGUUCCUGAUAGUCCAUCAUUACUUUACAGUACUUCAAACUUAAGUCAUUUGGUGUGUGUGCCAGGCUCUUAAAUGUCACUGGGCAUUAGUACCUGAGGUCAGUUCAUCUGAAAUCUGAAAAAAAUAACAAUGCAGAGCUAUGUACCAAUUGUGGUAUUUUCCAUCAUAAAAACUCAUAUUUUAAAUUAGAACAAACUAAGUGGAGGUUUAUGAAAGCCAUGAUAAUUUUUUAUUAUAUAAAUAACUGAAUACAGUUACAAUUACAGUUUUUUUUAACCAAUGCAAAAUAUCUAAUGUGGAAAUCUAGAUACCACUGAGUUUAUAGCGUUGAAACCCUUUCAUUUAAAUCAAUCAUUCUGACUUCAUGAGGUUGAAAUCCCCCUAUUUGACACUCAAAUAAAUAAGUCAAGCAUCCAGAAUUCAAACAAAUCUAUGAAAAUUGUUCAAAUUUAGUUCAAUUCAAUUUGAUCUAAAACUUUAUUACGCAACCAACAUAGUGUGAAAUUAACACUGAAGAGACUAAAACCUCCAGCGCACCAUCUUCUGCUGAGCUGUACAAAGAUGCUCUGAUGCUUAGUCCUUACUGUUUAAUCUGCUAUGUAACUACUACAACAUCACUAAAACAACUCUAGAAUGAAUGACAGAGGAGAGUAAAAUAAGGGGCAAGUUGUUUCUAUGCUACCCAGCAUUACCAUCAAUUCAUCUUUAUUUGUAGAGGGACCUUUCAGUCUGCUUCUUUAAUGACUGACCUAACUGCACUUCAGGUGGUUAGCUAGCUAACUAGAUUUGUCAUAUAAGCAUGAAAGAUGUUUGGGAUAGGGUUGUGGUUAUAUUUAAAAGGGAAAAUGAUGUGGGGUCAUUGUUCAUCAACUUUCUAGAAUAUGUUUCACUCACAAACCAGUUGGCAACUUACCGUGAGGGCUUCACCUCGCUGCAUCCAAACUACUACCCACUCAGCCUCCAUGCAGCCCGCUACAUGAACAGCUUGCCCUGCUGAGUCUGACUGUUGCUAAUAAUGGAGUUGGAGCACUCUCUGCUGGACAAAGUACAUCACAGCACCAUUUUAAAGGACUCCAAGCACUGUUUUUCUGCGCUGUAUGGUCUGUAAAAUAAAGUUUUCAUAGUGGUGCAUAUUGGAAAACACAUUCGCUGAUAACAGUAUGUGUGUAACAGUCCCAUUUAAGUUCCAUUAAAAUUCAAGAUGGAUAUCUCAAACCAUGGAUAAUCAGUUCAGCCUGAGGGAAUCAAGCAUGCCUUUGUCUUACUGUAUCUUGCAAUGUCAUGUCAUGUCCACCAAAGAACAAUUCAGAUUAAUGACAACAAAGACAUGCUCAGUUAGUAAAAGCAGGAACUUGAUACAGUUUUUAACUGCUUGGAACAUGAGUAAGCAGUAAAUAUGGAGGCUGAUGUCAUUUUACCUUGUGGUGCAGUUGGAUUCACAAGCAGAAAUUCAUCUGCCUUCAAGCUUUGCUUGUGGCCAAACACACAAGUGUCAAAACCAAACAGCGUCCUAUGAGAAACUACUGGCAGCUACAGGUUAGCAUUGCUGCUACUAACAUCUGAACUAGAGAGUAUAUGUAAUUACCCCAAAGGAGCAAAGAUUGGCUUAUCCUAAUGAAGAAGAUGUUUGAACUUUCCUCUGGACUGACUUUUGUUGGAGCAAGAUUUACAACUGAGCUUCGCUGGUGGUAGCUCUGUCAUAUUGUUGAUCUCAUUGGUUUAGGUUAGCAGUGAUAAAUGGUGAUAGACACAAGGUAUUUUUGAAACGGCCCACCCUCUUCCAAACAUUUUUGAGCUGCGCCUUUUCAGAUGGCUCUUUGUAACUAAUGGUAGGCCACAGGCCAAAAGUAAAUGCUUAUUUUUAAGAUGCAUAAAUGGAGCUAGUACCUGAAGUUCCCUUAAAUGACUUCCAGUGCAAACUGUUACUCUAGCUGCCAUGCCUAGUUUCUACAACAUAAUCAUUAAAUCAGUGUUCUAUAUUCAAAGAGCAUUUCUUGCCUCACAAGAAAUAAAACUGCAUUGCGUUAUUUAUUUUUCUAAUGAAUUAAUACAUUUAAAAAAGAAAAAAAAUCAACUGAAACAUCUGGCAGGCCACCCUUGGCCACACCUCAAGCUCUGAUAUAGAAAAUACUGAAUGUAAAUACAUUGAAUGGAUGACUGUAAGAAUUUGGAUUUGAAUUCAGUUGUGGUUAAAAUUCACAUAAAAGAUAAAAAUAUAUUUUGUCUGUUGUUUCCAUCAGGGUUUAGCUGGAAUACCAGUGUAACUGUAAAUACAAAGCUAUAACUUAUCUUUGGUGACAAAAUGUUGAUCAGGUGACAGCAGGCUUAAUAUGUGGCAUCUAGUUAAUCAAUGUAAUCUUACUGAAUUUUCUUAUCCACUUACACAAGGGAAGACCAGCCUGUUAUGGGCAAGGGCCCAUGGUACAAGAAAGCUGAAUGUUUAAGAAAAAAAAUGAGAAUAAUAAAGACAGUGGCUUGAUAAACCAUCCUUUUAACAGUCAUGUAGUGAUUGAUAGACCCAUUCUGCUGUGGUGUCCAUGAGCAAGAUGCUGAAUCCCUUCAGCUCCAGGGAUGCUGUUGAUCCUGAACAGGAAUACUGAACAGAGUUGAAUGACUCACACAAUCUUUAUGGUAUUCACGCACAAAUACAGUAUAUGCACCCUGUUCACAUGUCUUACCGUCCCCUGUGAAACAGCGCAAUAUGCUGUUCUGUGGACAUUUCAAUUCCAACUACAACUGACAUCAUGGCCGGCUGCUUCGCACGUGAACCUAAGAAAAACAUUUAUCCUUUGACUCUGGAGAUUGAUCUGCCUUUCUCUGCUGUCUCCUCUCACUGUGUCUCUCCUUUCUCAACACACACACACGCACGCACGCACGCACGCACGCACGCACACACGCACGCACGCACGCAUGCACGCACGCACACACACACACACACACACUUUGGAGGAGAGAAGGCAUUUUGUGACAUGAGGCAGGUAGUAUGAUUAU